UACACGAUUUUUAAUUUUUAAUUUAAAUUUUAAACUGAAGUAUUUUAUAUUUUCGAUAAUUUUGUCUUUUUUUCAUAAUUGACGGUUAGUCAUUAGUAGUUCUUGUUGUGAUAUUGAUGCGGCAAUGUAGCUCUUCAUAUCGGAUGUCUGGUUUGGAUCGGCGAACAAAUGUAGACGUUCAAAUUUUGAGUGCAGCUAGUAAAGCGAUUGCGGAAAAAUGCUUUUGGAACGCAUGCAAAGCAUUAUCUUUUGGAUUGUUUUUGAUGGCUGUCGGAGCCAUAAUGGCCAUUAUUGGAUAUUAUGCAGAACAGCUUUCGUCAGAUGACAUUGUCACAAAAACUGAYAAUGGUAAUUCGAGUACAUCCAUACGUACAGCAAAAACAACAAAAAAAUCAUCUCAUAUAUAUAAGUUGUCAUACGCCGGACCAAUUGUGAUGGGAGUUGGAGGGUUCAUCGUGGUGGCGGCGUGCGUGAUGACAUUCGAGGCGCGCGACCGGGCGGCCAAAUUCAUGUCCAACCAAUUGAAAAUAAUGGGCAGCGGCGUCGGUGGUGGCCAGGUGUCGGGUCAUCGAGGCCACGGUCGGCAGACACCGUCUGCCGGUUAUCUGUCCAGGGGCGACAGUGGCCGGAGUAGCUACCAGAAUCCGUGCGACGGCGGACGGCAUAAGAUGAACAAGAGCCCGUCGGCGCCGAAUCUGGCGGCCGCCGCGUUGGCGUCGACGAACCGCGGAUCAGUGGGMGCCACACAGUCGGGCGUCGGCAGGCUGCCUUUGAGGCACAAGCAUGCGGUGCACGUGCUGUCGUCGGGUGGCCGAGCGCUGCUCAGUCCGCACACUUUGCGCCGUCAGGCCAUGUCGAUGGACACGCAAGACUACAACCCGCUGUUCUCACCGCCCCGAUCCCGGCACAGCAGUUCUGGCCUGUUGACGUACAGCAACAGCAACAACUUUGGAAAUUUCACCUGCAGCAACGGCAACAAGCAAGGCUGCGAUGGUAGCAGGGAGUCCGUCAACGACCCGAUGAGAACGUCGUCCAGGGGAUCGCGGGGCUCGAUGGUACUGGAUCUGCACGUGCCCAACGAGUGCCCGGUGACGAUGCGGGUGCGGGACAGAAGCCGCCGAUCGGACACGGCCCGGCGGCACGUUCUGCGCAGACAGACACCGGUCGAGCUGGACGACACAAUAAUCGCGUACGCCGCGGCCUCGGCCAUGGCGGCGGAACAUCACCGUCAGCGGGCCAAGCGGUGCACGCGGUCGGCCACUUGCGACGUUCCGCACCCGGUCAAGUCGAAGCGCAGGCGACAGGACUCCAGUUGCUCGGACGUGGUGGCGGCCCGCCGGAGGUCUGGUUCGCCGGUGAUGUGCGUUGGUGCCGGGGGCCGUGGCAGCGUGGGUGGAUGGCGUUCGUCGGCCAACGACGUCGUCGACGCCGCCGAAUGGGCCAGGACUGCGAACCGUGGCACGGCGGGUGGCGGCUCGACACUGCCGUCGCCACAACGGUUCGUCGACGAACGUUCGCCCGGGACGACACCCGUACGACAACAGUCCCAGCCGACCACAACCGUAGUGGAUGGCACCAAAAUGUCGCUGUCCAGGACGUGUUCCGACAUCAUGUCCAUUGAUAAAUCGUUCGAAGAGUCCAAUUAUAGUAGUUCGUAGAUUUAGGUGCUUCAUUAUGCGCAUCAAGCAGGAUUCUCAGCUACGUCGUGUGUCGUGUCGUGUCGAACAAAUCGCGUUGUGAUUGGACGUUACUUUUUGGUAACGCAUGUAAUGAUCAAGUUGCAACCGACUAUACCAAGAGUUGACUUCAGCUCAGCUUUCAAACCAAUAUGGUUAUACUCACACGACACGACACGUGACAUAACUGUGCAUCCGACUUAACCAUAAUCGAUUCGUUAGUGAUUUCGAUCAGAACAAUCAUGGUUAUCUACCAGUAGGUAAUCGUGGUCAGGGUGACAGCACAAACUUAUAAUAUCAUCAAACAAAAUAUAUAUUAGACGUCACUAACUGCUAUUUAAUAAUGUUAUACUUCGUACUGCAUGUCAUAAUAUUAUGCAACUUAAAUUGCCGGCUUACAUGCAUAUAGGUACCUCUAACUGACAUSCUAUAUAAAUGAUUACCAUUGUAAUAUUAUAUAUAUAUACUUUUUUUUACAUCCAUAAAGUUAUCGUUGCGUCGUUCAAAACGAUAAAUAAUAUAUAAUAUUAUGUUCAGUUGCCUAAC